CCAACAGCCCCUGCCAGCAGCCUGCAAUCACUGGAGCUCCCGGCUCCUCCGCCUCUCCCUCCUCCUCCUUCUCCUCCUCCUCCUCCUCCUUCUCCUCCUCGCUGCCCACCGGCCUGCGGCACCCCUCGGCGGCCUCCGGCCCCACCAGCGCACAGACAAUGACUUCAUGCGGAUUAUGCAUCUGAAGAAAUCACCAGCUCCCAGAUAGCCACAGGGGGAGGCAUCCAUCCAUCCAUCCAUCCAUCCAUCCAUUCCUCCAUCCCUCCAUCCAUCGCUCCAUGUGGUUGGCAGGGCAGCAGCCUCCCGCUCGCCUCCCGCUCCUCUCCUCGCACCCAUCGGUCGCCUUCUCUCCGGCAAUGGUCGCCUCCGGUCCCCCUGCGCGGCGCUGAGCGAGGCCCCGACGCAUCCCCGCUCCCACGCUUGCACCAAAGAGUGGCCCCCCCGGGCUGCCGGCGCGGACCAUGAUGGACCUGAAGGUGGACGAGGAGGAGGUGGACAGCGGGCAGCCGGUGAGCAUCCAGGCCUUCGCCAGCAGCUCCACCCUGCACGGGAUCUCACACAUCUUUUCCUACGAGCGGCUGUCGCUGAAGCGCGUGGUCUGGGCGCUCUGCUUCAUGGGUUCACUGGCACUGCUCACCCUCGUCUGCACCAACCGCAUCCAGUACUACUUCCUCUACCCUCAUGUCACCAAGCUGGAUGAGGUGGCUGCCACCAGGCUCACCUUCCCCGCUGUCACCUUCUGUAACCUCAACGAAUUCCGCUUCAGCCGGGUGACCAAGAAUGACCUGUACCACGCCGGUGAGCUUCUCGCCCUGCUCAAUAACAGGUACGAGAUCCCGGACACGCAGACAGCUGAUGAGAAGCAGCUGGAAAUCCUGCAGGAUAAGGCAAACUUCCGAAACUUCAAGCCCAAACCUUUCAAUAUGUUGGAGUUUUAUGACCGUGCCGGCCACGACAUCCGGGAGAUGCUGCUCUCCUGCUUCUUCCGUGGGGAGCAGUGCAGCCCCGAAGACUUCAAAGUGGUGUUCACACGCUAUGGGAAGUGCUACACCUUCAAUGCAGGGCAGGACGGCAAACCCCGGCUCAUCACCAUGAAAGGGGGCACUGGCAACGGCCUGGAGAUCAUGCUGGACAUCCAGCAGGACGAGUACCUCCCAGUGUGGGGGGAAACAGAUGAGACCUCAUUUGAAGCCGGGAUCAAGGUGCAGAUCCACAGCCAGGAUGAGCCUCCACUCAUCGACCAGCUGGGCUUCGGUGUGGCACCCGGGUUCCAGACCUUUGUGUCCUGCCAGGAGCAGCGGCUCAUCUACUUGCCACCUCCCUGGGGCGACUGUAAGGCCACAACGGGUGACUCGGAGUUCUACGAUACUUACAGCAUCACCGCCUGCCGCAUCGACUGUGAGACCCGCUACCUGGUGGAGAACUGCAACUGCCGCAUGGUGCACAUGCCAGGUGAUGCCCCUUAUUGCACCCCAGAGCAGUACAAGGAGUGCGCAGAUCCAGCCUUAGAUUUCCUGGUGGAGAAGGACAAUGAGUACUGUGUCUGUGAGAUGCCCUGCAACGUCACCCGCUAUGGCAAAGAGCUCUCCAUGGUGAAGAUCCCCAGCAAAGCCUCCGCCAAGUACCUGGCCAAGAAGUACAACAAGUCAGAGCAGUACAUCGGGGAGAACAUCCUGGUGCUGGACAUCUUCUUUGAAGCCCUGAACUAUGAGACGAUCGAGCAGAAGAAGGCGUAUGAGGUGGCUGGAUUGCUGGGUGACAUCGGAGGACAGAUGGGGUUGUUUAUCGGGGCCAGCAUCCUCACCGUGCUGGAGCUGUUUGACUACGCCUAUGAGGUGAUCAAGCACCGGCUGUGCCGGCGGGGCAAGUGCCACAAGAACCACAAGAGGAACAACACGGACAAGGGCGUUGCACUGAGCAUGGAUGAUGUGAAACGCCACAAUCCCUGUGAGAGCCUACGGGGUCACCCGGCCGGCAUGACGUACGCAGCGAACAUCCUACCUCACCACCCGGCCCGGGGCACCUUUGAGGACUUCACCUGCUAACCGACGUCUGGAUGUACAACAACCCGAGCUACCAAAGCCCUCCGGAGAGCUGCCCUUCUCCCAGAGGAGAGACACAGCCAGGGGACCUCGCUCAAAGCCACGGCGGGAUGCGGACAAGAGCGGCGGCCUCAGAUUUUGGGGCAGGCGGCCGGGCCGGGCUGCGCUGGCUCAGAGACUCGAGGAGGCUGCAGCCCAGCCGCGGAGCCACGCACAGCGGGCCGGGGCGCGGGCCUGCCCCGUCUCCUCCCCCUCGGCUCCCCUCGGCCUUUUUAACUAGAAACCCAGAAGCCAAGAAGAAGCAGCCUUCGGGCCGCAGAGUCUCCAUCCACAGCCCUGUUCGUCUGUCUGUCCGUCCGUCCGUCGUCUCCAUGCUCAUUCUGCUCCCCAGGCUUCAGCCUGUGCCUGUCCCCGUGCCUGGCAUCAUCCCAGAGCCCCAGCAGAGCCCCCUGGGCCGUCUCUCACCACGACAGCCCUGCCUGGGCGCCCGCAGCCGCUCCAUGUGCACAAAACGGAGCGGCUCCACCUCUCCAAAAUGUCUUCCUCGGCCUCUGCCCCGGGGUUGGCAACGUUGGGCCGUUGGGUGGAGGGCUGUGCCUUGGGGGACCGCAGAGGGCCUGCAGCCUGGUUAUGGUGUAGGGCUUCGUUAUGGCUUGGGGCCCCAUCGUGGUGUAUGGCCUUGUCACUGUGUGGGGCCCCGUUAUGGUGUGAGGCUCCAUCAUGGUGUGGGGCCCUGUCACAGUGUGGGGCCUCAUUGCACUGUCACAGCGUGGCCUCCCUACCCCGCAGUCCCCAGGAAAUCUGGGGUUCCCCCCAUGCAGCCCUCAAAACAACCGUCCUCGGGGAGAAAAGCCUAAGGAAAUCUCCAGCUCCCCUUGGUACUGAGUUGGCUGGGCAGCCAUAGGAGCCCCAGCAUCAACAAGGGGACAGAUUUAAGGGACACCCUCUGGCACACUGGCCACAGGGCUGCAGGCUCCCACCCCACUCCCAACCCUCAACAACGGCCACCCCUGGGGGCCAUGAGCCCUGGGCACCAUCGAAGCUCACGGCCCGGGCCCCCCAGUUCUCCCCAUCGCUGCCCCCUCCCAGCAGUGGCGCCAUUGGCCACCCUCAGCCCCCACAUCAAGCAAGAGCCUUCCUGGGGCUGAAGUGCUUCUUCUCUUUAAGAGCUUUUGCAAUAAGUCUUUUUAGUAGUUAUUAUUUCUAGACUUUUUUUUUCCUUUUUUUUUUUCCCCCCCAUUAUUAUCCUCAUUAUUAUUAAUUGCUGCCUGACCAAAAUUAGGAACUGGGGGUCAGUCCUUUGUUAUCCAGCAAUCACCCAAAGACAAAAGGUUGGCCGCAUCCAUAAAUUUUCUUAUGGAUUUUUCCUAAUGUUUCACUGCGUUUCAUGUAUUUAUUUUCUUCCUUUUUCGCCCGUUAAAGCUUUUAAAGAUGGGGCUGGGAUGUGACCUUGAGGCUCGCCUGUUGGAACAUACAACUUUUGGUUUGUUUCUAUUAUGCCAUCUGCAUUUUAUAUUUCUUAUAUAUAAUAUAUAUGACUAUAUAUAUAUGUGUACAUAUAUAUAUAUAUAUCUAUACAUGCAUCAUAUCAGUGUAGAUAUCCAUUCUGUAGCAUCUAGGCCUUGUUCUUGUGCCAUUUUUUUUUCUGUUACUGAUCUCUGAAUGCCUUCAAGUGUAUAAAGUGUUGAAUUCUCUCUGGUAUCUGUACUAUGUACACACAUUUUCAUAGGAAGCACAAUAAGAUGACAGAUGCAUUGUACAUCAAUACCUGCUACUCUUAACGACGAUAUAAAGAAUGAUA